UUUCCCGAUUGAUAAAAUUAUACGACUUAAUUGGCAAAUACUUAUUGUAUAGUGCGGUCAAAGCAAUAAGUAUUGCAUGGUAUAAACUUCUGUGUAAUUUAAAUGGCUAACUCUAAGAAAGCAACUGGUUUUAUUGCAAGGGAUGACAGUGAAUCAAACAGCAACAAAAUCUGCACACACCAAACAAAUGCACGCAUACUUGGACCUCUAGAAAGGAGUUUUUAUUUCUGGACUUUGAAAUGUGAUGAUACAUUUCCAUAUAAAAUGUCGCUAUCCAGUAAAUACCCAUUUACUGUAAAACACGUGUCUGAUGCAAUAUCUUAUCUGGUCAAACAGCAUCCAGUUUUGCGCAAGUCAUUCGUGGAUACCGGAAGCAAUAUUGAAUUAAAUGAAACCAACGAUCAAUCAAAUCAUCUUGAAAUUUUACCGAAGACACCCUUUUACUCAAUUUUUAACGAAUUUUCUUUGAAUGGUAAACUUUGGCGUUUUAUACUACUGGAGCCCACUGCCAGCUCUACACAUACCAUUGAAGUAAUGGUUGCAGUUCACCAUGCCUUAUCAGAUUAUAUUUAUAAUCGAGAGAUACUUAGAACUUUUGUAAACAAUUUGCAUCUGUUACAGCUAGAUAAGACACCUUCAACAGAUAUUGAAUUUAAUCUUACAAUGCCAAUCGAAGAUAUUACAAAAAAUGUGCCUGUCAAAGAUAUCCAAAGCUAUAGAAUCGAUCGAAGAUUUGUCAACAAGAAAGUUUCAACAGCCUUUGAAAUAUUGUCCCGCUCAAUCGAGAGGCUUAACCAAUCAAAAUGUCCCUGUGGUUCUAGUCAGACAAUAAAAUGGAGUCUUGACAAACACGAAACACGUUCUUUUCUUGCUUCUCGUAGCAAAUGUAAUGGGUCGAUUAACGCUUUGAUAUUAUCAGUAUGUAUUACAUCUUUCAUGAAAUUGAUAAGUGGAAGUCUUCAACAAGAUGAAAUUGUAGAUCUUUCAUUCGCAUUCAUGGUUAAUCUACGUAGGUACAUAUUAAACCGGGAAGAAUUCCGAGGGAAUGCUAGUAUAGACGUACACUUGUUCCUGCAGUUAGACGCAACUGUAAGCUCGGACAAGCAAUUCUGGCUGAUGGCCAAUGAAAUCUCAGACAAAAUUCGUGAGAUAGUCGAUUCCGCGGGACUCCUUACUUCAGCAGAAGACUGGAUAGAUAUACCGCGGGAGAUAAUAGCUCUGACACACGUUGGUUCUAUAGAUGAUUUCCUUGAAGACGAGACGACCAUUCGCCUAGAAGACCUUCAAGUAAACGUAAAUGCCAAUCAAGACCUGUCCGCGUUAUUUCAUGUCAUCACUCAUUUUUCCCGAGGUGAAAUGCAUUUCUGUAUAGCGUAUGGUUCGUCUUUUAUACCUGAUCAAUUUGCUCAAGCGUUAACCAAUGGAAUCAAUGAAACUAUCCAACAUAUAGUGAAUGUAUCCAAACUUUAGAUAUUUAUUUUUUAACAACCUCCGUUGUAAGAAUGUUUAUUCGAGAAAUAAAACCAAACCAAAUAUAUUGAUUUAAAUUAAAUCAUGUUUCAUAGU